CACUCGUAUCUCCUCCUCCUCCUCUUCGUCCCGAGGUCUAUAUAGCUGGGUAGUCGGGACUGGACCGGGUUCAGUGUCACCUGAAUUCUCCAUCAGGGUGAACUGGAGUGUGUUCUAAUAACUUUGAUUUCCCUUAUCUCCAUUUUUAUUUUUUAUUUUUUUAAUUCAACAUACAAACAAUAUUUUUUAAUCUUGUGUUUUAGCCAUCGACAUGGUAGAAUUAAGCCGAACGACCGGAACGUUAGUGUUGAUGCGUCGAGUGUAAAAAAUCCAGUGAUUUUUUGCGUGUCGGACGAGUUGACGGUGAACGCGGGGCACUAAAUUAGACUUUGAAAAAGUGGACGCGCAAAAAAGCGACGGUAUUAUUGGCCCAUUCUGUCACACACCUUCGGACCGCCUUUCUCUCCUUUUGUCCCCUUCCCUCGUAUGAUAUAUAUACGUCACCUGUUUGGCUUUGCUUCAAAAUCCUUGCCAACACAGCCGAUGGGCUUCAGUGUUCUGGCCGUCGCAGAACUAUUCACACCGCUGGCCCAACACUUUUCCUUUAUUUUUCGUUCGUUAAAACGGGAAGAAGGGUCAUCUUCCCAGGACUGUUCUCCCCCAAAAAAAUGUUGACACUAGCAAAAUUGCCACAGCACACAACAGUUUCAAUCACAUUACAACUCGUAUUGCCAACACAUUGUGGACAAAAUCUUUGCGUGGGUACAUUUUAACGAGCGCUAUUUAAAUUCCAAUGCAGAUGUUAACAGUGAUUGUGAACAAAUCAUGUGCAACUGGUUUGUCGUCAGCGCGUCCAUCGUCGUGGGCACAAUCUCCUUCGAUUAGCCAACCAUUGUCAUGGCAAGCUCUUGUCAUUCGGCCCAUUGUGAAUAAGAUAACUGGCCCGUACUGCAUUUGGCGCUACUGUCUAUUACCGUGCAAGUUCAUUUCCUGAUGGGCAGCAAAAAGAGAAGAAGACGAAGAAGAGAAUAAAGAAGUAAAAAAAAAAAAAGAAAAGAAAGAGAAGUUUGGGGAAAACGUGUCGAAUGCACGCGGCGGGUGAACCCGACCUCGGUCGUAUUAUUCAAUCUUGCUGUUUUUGACAUUGAAUUGACUCGGCUGUGUUGCGCCAAACAACUCUCUUUCUCUAUCCCCUACAUUUCCCGAUCGUCGUAUUACUUCGUCCUUGUUAUUGUUGGGUGUCAGUGUGCAGAUCACGUCUGGUCGGCACCGCAUUCGAGCGUCUUUUCUUCUAUAGGAUCCAUUCAAUUGCAAACAUCAGAAAGGCUACGCUUUGACUUUUGUGCGCGCAUAUUGCAUACGGCAACGAGAUGGGAAGCUUGACAGCAAGCGGCGCCGGGCGGAGGGGAAGUUCUCGUCGUGGAAGCCGUUCAAGCGAAUACCAACAGCAAAAUCAUAAUAAUAAAGACGCUAACAGUCAAAUCGGUGCGAGCGGGAGUCCUUACGUUUCCGUGGCUGUUCGCGUUUUAGAAAGCGGAAGCGGGCGGAUCUUUGGCUUCCGUGAAGCUUGUUCUACGGGUCGGGAUAUUUUUCAUUGGAUUUCAGCGGCCGUGGAACGCCAUUGCCCUCCGAGAUGGACACCUUGGAUCCUAGCGGUCGGUUCGGUUAUUGUUGGAUCUCUUCUCACGAUAUUGUGGGUCCUCAUGGACGUGGUGUGGAUUUAUUCCGAACUCUGUUCGCUCACCGUACCAUUUUUCGCGCUCAUGUCCGGUUAUUUACUGCUGGCCCUCGGCUUCCGCCAUUCGUGGACACCGACGGGUAUCUACCUGACAUUUUGCGGCAGCAUCGUCGGUGAAACAGUUGGCUUCUUCUUGUCGUCGGCGCUAGAAGUUCAGAAUGGAUGGGACGCCAGAGGAGCAGCAGCUGCAGCUGCUGUCCAUUUUAACGAAGCUGGACACCGUCAGGACAUGCAGACGGAAGACGGAGGGGCCGCUGUUGGACUAGCCGGAAUGGCCCUGCCGCGCAGGGAAACAACCCAAUUUCUGCUCCAUCCUCUCUACUUGCUGACCUACACGUUGACGUUGGCAGCCACGUCAAGAUUGACCGACACUUUGUCUAGUUCGCAAUCUACUUUCAUCGUCGUCUCGGUCGUUCUACUCCGCAGCGCUGGCUGUGUCACUCUGCCGUCAUUGCCGAUCAUUCUCCGUCCAGCCGUUACUUACCUAGCCGGAUUGCUAGGAGUUUUGUUAGCUAAAUUCACUGAGACGUCACUGAUUCAACCGGACGUCGUGCCCAUCUUGAACAACAGUAAUAGCCUUGCCAACCCUCAAUUACCGCCGCUGUCGGGUGGCAAUGGUGGUGGCGCCGGAAGCAGACGGACGUCGGCUGUAGACCACGAAUCGCGCGUCAUGGCGGCCCGUCGUCGAAGGACUUCCAGCGCCGCUUUGACAUCGACACAGGCGUCGGCGGCAAGUUCGGCUGCCGGACAGUCGGGCGCCUCUCAAGGCAAUGCGACAGGCAACAACAAAGUGAGAAGGACGUCCUUGCCGGCCCUGCUGGCCAACAAGAAGGACCAUCUUUUGGUGUCGAGUGCUGCUCUUUGGGGAUUGGACGUGGCCUUGCUGUCCGAAGCUCACGGUCUUGUGACCGACUUGCUGCUCGAGUCAUCGACGAUGCCACCGCAACUGGCCAGCGGCUUGAAAGCAUUGGCCAAUUUGCUGAGUCCACCUUUGCCUCAUCAAUCGGGUGGUGGAUCCAUCAUGGACAGGCGACCGCGCCAUACGCUGCCUCACGUCGCUCUCUCCGACGUUCAAUACGCCUCUGACACGGAGGAGAUUCCCUACACGGGCGAAUCUUUAUUCCAGCACCUUUCCAAGAAAGGCAAACGUUUCGUGCCGCCCAAUCUUUUACGAAGGAUGUCGACAAGUACGUGGACAACGACGACAUCAGCUACCGGAAUGCCGACUAUCGAACCGGAGCCGUGCCGGAAGCGCACGGCAAGUUUCAGGAGUGGUUUAGAUGGUUCCGGUGCGACGUCAUCAUCGAGCCCAAAUCAAAGUCAGCUGUCGCUUCCGGGCCUAGUUGCAUUCACCGCCAAUGAGUCAACGACAUUAGGCUACAACAUUAACAACAACAAUUCGACGCCGUCGGCCAGCAACAAGAGCCGCAGCCACUCGACGACGUCGUUGUACCAUCAACAUCCGAACGGCAAACGACUAAUGCGUGAAAGGAAGACGGUCUGCAGUCUGCAUCCGUUGUCGUCGACGACGGUGACGGCCAAUGACUACUCGUCGGGAGGUCUUCUUUCUCUCGAUAAUUCGUCCAAUUGUUCCGCCCUCAUCACGGCUGAUUCAGAUACUGCCCAACAACAACAUUUGCGGGAUCGAGACGAUUCAGAAAAUGAAGCGAUUAGUUUCUCGUUGCCCGGAUCUGCCGUCGACAGCCGACGAGGUUCCGGACUGAGCACCAGACGGAGUUCGGGUGCCGGAAGCGGUGCUGGUGGAGGUGGAAGCCGAAGAGGAUCUCAGCAGCCGAUCGUCGUAAAUGAAGAUCGACGAUCUACGGGCGCAGGAUCGGAUUGCGAAGCUCCUGAAUCCGGAAGUUCUAACGUGUUGCGGAUCACCGAGUAUGUCACAACGCGCACAUUGACCAGCAAUCGAAGCGGAAACAAUAACCGACAGAUAACCAGUUAUGAUGACGAUGAUGGGGACGGCGAAGCUGGAGACGAUGAACUUGAAAGUGGAGACGUCACGGACAAUGGAGAAAUUCAACAAGAAAAUCGUCCGGGCCGACGCUCCGCUCAUCGCGGUGGAGGAUCUGGACAUGGCAGCGUCAAGCCGCGGACGUCUGAUUACGAGAGUUCCGACUCCCCGAAUUCGAGUGACCAUUGCGAAGAGAUAUCGAUACCCAGUAGCCGAACUGCAUUGAGUCAGCCGGAAUCCCUCCAGCUUCCAGUACUCAUCCGCACUGAGUUGGAAGAGUACGAUUGCUCCUAUGCACCUGGCACGGAUCUUACUGACGAAGACUACGUCAUCAAUCGGGAGUCGUUCAAGGUGCAUGAAGAUGAGCAAAGUUGCCGAGUAAUUUUUCUCGAAGAUGGAUCUCGUUUCGACCUGGACCAAUUGGAAUGCGAUCAAUUAUUAAACGACCUUAAAGAAUGGGACUAUCCCAUCUUUGAUCUGCUGGAUCGUUACACCGACAGAAUUUUGUCUACGACGUGCUAUCGAGUCUUUGCAGAAGUGGGACUCUUUGAUACGUUCAAGAUUCCCUUGCGCGAAUUCUUCCACUUUUUUCACGCCCUCGAACUCGGAUAUCGCGAUAAGCCAUAUCAUAACCGAACGCACGCCUCCGACGUGCUUCACGCCGUCUUCUAUCUGACAUCACAACCGAUUCCAGGAUUUACCGUUCAUUCGCUAGAUUCCGAUCCGAGCUCUGGCGAAAAUUCUUGUAGUCGGCAAAGAAAUGACAGUGUGGAUUCGUCUAGUCCAAGUCCUGCUCUUGUACAACGGGCCUCGUUCAAUUUUGAAGAUUCCUACGGCAUCAUGGGUGCCAAUUUUCCAGCUCUGGAACUGAUGGCUCUUUACACAGCAGCAACCAUGCACGACUAUGACCAUCCGGGCAGAACCAAUGCUUUUCUCGUCACUACCCUUGCCCCUCAGGCCAUCUUGUACAAUGACCGUUCUGUUUUGGAGAAUCAUCACGCAGCGGCUGCUUGGUCCCUUUUUCUUUCCGAUCCUCGUUUCAACUUCCUUGUUCACUUAGAACGGGCGGAAUUCAAACGUUUUCGCUACCUCAUCAUUGAAGCUAUUCUCGCCACGGACCUUAAACGCCAUUUUGAAAUCUUGGCUGAAUUCAAUGCGAAAAUGAACGACGCUGACGCACCGGGCAUCGACUGGAACAACGAGACUGAUCGACUUUUGGCCAUGCAGAUGUGUAUCAAAUUGGCAGAUAUUAAUGGUCCGUGCAAGAUACACGAUAUCCACGUCCGGUGGACUCACCGCAUCGCAGAAGAAUUCUAUGAGCAGGGAGACGAAGAAGCUUCCCUGGGCAUGCCCAUCUCUCCCUACAUGGAUCGUAACAAUCCGCAAUUGGCCAAACUACAAGAGUCUUUUAUUAAUCACUUGGUGGCUCCGUUGUGUAAUGCUUAUGGGGAAGCUGGCCUUUUGCCCGGAGAGUGGGAUGACGGUAUCCAAGAUGAUGACGACGAAAGCCUUCCGAGUUCAUUUUACAGUGAUGGAAGUGGAUGCCACGACGACAGGAGGGCCAGUUCAGGAGAAAACUCAUGCGUGCCCGAAUUGGAAAGAGAUCCUGGCCAAUCUGCGGGCUCUGGUAGCGAUUCCGACACCCCAGUCCAUCGAAAACGGUCUCCAACAGGUCGCAAGAUUCUUUGCCUACAGACUCAACAUCUUCAAGAGAAUCAUGAGUAUUGGGUGGCCAAGAUAAAGGAGAGUGAGCUUCGGCCGUCUUCUGAUAAUGCGGGUGUAUCGUGUUCUGGCGGAGGCCGAUCUGACUCCGGUGACAAUAACAGUUCGGGUGAUUCCAGUCCAAUUAGCCUGAGCGAAGACCGUAUGGAACCCAUUGCCGAAGAAAAUAGUCCCAAAUCGUUCGAACGCAGUUUUAGCUUCGAGAAGGAAGAUUCGAAACUUUGAAAUCAGUCGAUUUCAUGUGACAUCCCAUCUUGGGCUUAAUAUGGUGUAUUCGUGACCCAAUUGGUUGUGUUAUUUAACACUUUUAAACCAUUUUACCUAUUCGUCUUGCGUAUGUGUUCUAUUUAGUCCCUCCCCCCCCCCCUCCCCACCUGUGAUAACUCGCACUGACAAUGACCCUUUUACGCUUAUGGAGUGGCCGAAAAAAGUAAUGUAAUGGAAUGUAUCACCUAGUGGUUAAGGCUAGAUUCACUGCAUUGCGGAUGACGAGGUCGCCAAGUUUUGUGCAUGUUUUAAAAAAUUCAGAAUCAGCUGAUUUAGCAAGGUUUCUUUUCUCACUGUUAACACGAUUUUAUUCGUACUGUUGCCAUCCCGUCUUCGUGCGCAGAGUGAGGAAAAGAGGCCAAUUACAUUACAAAUUCCGGCUAUACAUCAUGAUCAAAUGGCAGAUAAAACCAAAUGGCCAAUACUACAGAAAUGAGUGUUAUAUCCGCUCUUGAAAUAGAUUGGCCCAAUAGAUCAUAUCACAUCAUUAUAUGGCCUAAAGUGAGUGCAUUUUUUCUGAAUCCUCGUUUCUGUUAAGGUAAACUUUGUUGUUCAUUCAGUACCUUUUUAAACUGGUUGCUUUCAUUCCAAUAGCGUUUCUUGACGGGCUUUAUAGGUCAUUUUUAGCAGCCUUCUCUUUACAAAUUUGAAGCUAGUAUUUAAAAUUUGUAUGGGAUGAUUUCAUGUGGGUGGCAAUAGAAAUGGUCCAUCAGUUCAUGUUUGGCCAGUAAGUUAAAAGAGUUAAUGACGAGUUUUGUACGUUGCGUUGGUGGGCCGUGUUAGUGAUUGUGUGCAAUCAAGAAAUGAAAUAUUUGACGGAUUGCCGUCAUCAUUUCAGUCCCUUUUACGUACUAAAUGAUAUUUUAAAGUUCAUCCGUGUGUAAAUCAUAAUGACGAUGUGACAUACGUGUACAAAUUUGGAUGUUUGCCAUUUUUAAACCCCUUGCUACAUAUUUUGCGCCGUUCCGUGGUCUCCUUCAUCCCGUUAUGUUGCAUGUUGAUUCCUUUACAUCAUUUUACAUCACAAUGUGUGAAUUCGUACAAGUAUGUCAGUGUCGACCUAGCAAACCGUACAAACUAUUCCAUAUCCACAUAACGAUGACGAGAUGUAAAAGCAAGUAAGCAACUGCACACUAGACGUCCGACGACUGACCAUAUUUUACGUAUAAUUUUGAAUUAUAUAUACCAAAUACAUUUGCCGUUUACUCGUU